AUGGAUGAGACAACUAAGGUCCAGAAAUGUCGUGCUGGUCUCAUGCCAGAAGUGACGUCGUCGAUUUCCCACGAAGAAGACGAUCGAUCGCUUCCCGAUCGGGAAGAAAUACGUCAACAAUAUAAAGAAGCUCCGCCCCCCUUUGCCCUCUUUCUCACUCCCCCCCACAUGUCGGACAUCGAGAAUGCCACGGCGGCGUCGACCGCGACGUUCGUCACGGCCCUCGUCUUCAACGCCGCUGUCUUUGGCGUCGAGCUUGCCGUCUUCACGAUCGUACGCCCAUAUUUCAAGUCUAUCUAUGAACCCCGUACUUUUGCACCACCCCUAAAAAAACGCGUCAAACCCCUAUCAUCAAACAUGUUCCUGUGGCCGGUCAAGGUGUUCAACGCAGACUUUCGCAACAUCAUCACCGCGAACGGUCUCGACGCAUACUUCUUCGUCCGGUUCUUGCGCGUUAUGGCUAUCGCCCUCCUUCCCAUCUGGUUCCUGUCAUGGGCCGUCCUCCUCCCCGUCACAUCCGUCAACACUAGUGUUGAAGGUCUCAGCGGCCUCGACAUCUUCACGUUCGGAAACGUCGCCAAAGACAAGCAAGUCAGAUAUGCGGCCCAUCUAAUUCUAGUGUACUUAUUCACAAUCUGGAUCUUCGUCAUUAUCAAGAAGGAAAUGCGGCACUUCGUCUUCACGCGACAGCAGCACCUAAUGGAGCGCAUCCAUGCGAAAUCCGUUCAAGCGAACACCAUUCUCAUCACGGGUAUACCUACAAAGUACCUCACGCAAGACGCCCUCUAUAAACUUUUCAAUGGCCUUCCCGGUGGCGUUAAGAAAAUUUGGAUCAAUCGAAACCUCAAGGAGCUUCCGGAUAUCUACGACCGCCGUCUGGCUGCCACUGCCAAACUCGAAGCGGCCGAGACACAACUGCUCCGUAUCGCUGCAAAACGCCGGCUCAAAUCCCUCAAGGCAACGUCGAAGUCCAAGGAACCGAAACGAACAGAUCCGGAAGCGGACCCUGUCCAGCAUGCGGAGCACGAAGUUCCUCAAGAAGAACGCCCGAUGCACAAGCUCGGUUUCCUGGGUCUCUUUGGAGAGAAGGUGGACACGAUAGAAUGGUCAAGGCAGGAAAUCGCUGGGUGCACUUACCUGUUGGACGAGGGUCGCGCAAAGAUAAGAGAGACGGACGAACGCGGCUCGGCCUCGCCAUCGCCUUCUCCCGAGGACAGCGAGGAAAAUGAUGUCUUGGGCGACGGCGCUCUAGACGCAGACGGUAACCCGCGUCUGCGCGCUGGCCAACGGAAGGGCUUCGAAGAUCUUAAUCCCGCAAGGGUUGGAAAGCAUGCCGUGGGUGUGGUUGGAGGAGCGGCGAAGGGUGUUGUGAGCGGUGUGGCGAGGGGUGCUGAAGCGGUUAAAGGAAGGGUGUUAGGCAGCGGCAAGGGGGGCGAAUAUCCUCCCAUGAACAGUGCCUUUGUUACGUUCAAUCGCCAGAUCUCAGCGCACCUUGCGGUUCAGGUCCUCAUGCACCAUGAGCCAUAUCGCAUGAGCAGCCGUUACAUCGAGGUCGCACCAACCGACAUUAUCUGGACGAAUCUGGGCCUGAAUCCGUAUGAGCAAAAGAUCCGCCUAGCCAUAAGUUACGCUGCCACUGCCGGACUGAUCAUCCUCUGGUCCAUUCCCGUUGCAUUCGUCGGUGUGAUAUCGAACAUCUACACGGUGUGCUCGACGGCAAGCUGGCUUGCGUGGAUAUGCGAGUUGCCCAAAGUGGUGGUUGGCAUUAUUUCGGGUAUCCUCCCUCCGGUGCUCCUUGCAGUGCUGAUGAUGCUCCUUCCAAUCGUGCUCCGUCUUCUGGCACGCUUCGAGGGCAUACCGAAGUACACUGGCCUGGAGCUCUCGUUAAUGACGCGUUUCUUCAUCUUCCAGGUCAUCCACUCCUUCCUGAUCGUGACGCUCUCAUCUGGCCUCAUCGCCUCUCUGGACGACCUCAUUAACAACCCAACGUCGAUCCCGAGCAUCCUAGCAGAAAACUUGCCGAAGGCGUCGACUUUCUUCCUGACUUUCAUUCUUCUGCAAGGCCUCUCAGGCGUCGCAGGAGGGUUCCUCCAGAUCGUGCCGCUCAUUGUGUAUUACGUCAAGCUAUUUUUACUUGGGUCGACGCCACGUUCGGUGUGGGGGAUCAAGUACGGCAUGGGCAAGGUCGCGUGGGGCACGGCGUUCCCCGGCGUCACCCUUUUGGUUGUCAUCACGCUCGGCUACUCGAUCAUCUCACCGAUCAUCAACGGCCUCGCGUGCGCGACGUUCUUCAUGUUCUACCAACUGUACAAAUACCUCUUCCUGUAUGUGUACCAGCAGCCGAUCGAGACGGACACGGGCGGCCUGUUCUACCCCAAGGCUAUUCAGCACGUCUUCGUGGGGUUGUACGUCCAGCAAGUCUGCCUGUGCGCGCUGUUCUUCCUCGCACGGGAUGAGAACGACAACGCCAGCUCAAUACCGCAGGGUGCCUUGAUGGUCGUGCUCAUCGUCAUCACCGCCGGGUUCAACAUCAUCAUCAAUAACUCAUACGGUCCGCUCCUCUCCGCCCUCCCACUCAGUUUGCAGGACAAGACGUACGCUCAGCCCGAGCUCGAUGUGUCGAUAGCCGCAGCCGACACUGACGGUGCCGCUGCCACUGCUGGCCCUUCCUCGUCCUCAGGACACGACCCCGAGUCUUCGACUACUGAGUCCCCUGUCAGGGACAAGGCGCCACCCACAGCCGACGCGGCUGACGUGGCGGCGAAAGAGGAGGAGGAAAGCUAUGGAUUUGCGCACCCGGCUGCUUCGCGCCCGCAGCGGACGGUGUGGAUUCCGAAGGAUAAGCUUGGGUUGGUAGAGGAGGAGCAGAGGGCGUGCAAGGAGGCAGGCGUCAGGGUGGGCGUCGACCAUGCGACUAUGGACGCGAAGGGAAAAGUAGAUAUUUCUGGCGGACCACCGGAUCUGAUCUAA